CCUCUUAAGAAUCAGGAUGAGAAACUUGUUUGUCAGGAAACAGUUUAUACAAAGACAAGAGUAUACACCAUCCACUGCUCACACAAUCCACCUAUGGGAAGCAAGUUAUCUGAGUGCCUCUGUCGUGACAGAGAAGGUACAGUUACUCUGUAUUUAUAUAGAGUCCAAACAGGAAGUUUCAGGAUUAUGUGAGGCUCAAUCAGAGACAGGUAGAGGAACAGAGAGCUGAGGGAGAGAGGUGUGAUACGCUUUGACGGAUAGUGGAAAUAAAAAGCUUGGUGACGCUUUAACAGUCAUAGAUUCCUCAACACAGCCAUAAACAGAGGAAAAAACCCAGGAAACAGCCUCUCUCUGUUUGUCUCAGUUGGCUGCUUCCAUAGCAACUUCUGUCGUGAUAGCACCAAGUUAAUUUCUAAAACACACACCAAAAAAAAAAAAAAAAAAAAAAAAAAAAAGAACAUCACAAAGAGAGCAACAAUGCACCUUCCUCCCGAGGCGGCUGGAAAGGAUUCUGUGUAGAAAUAUACUGUAGAACUCCUGUAGAUCUGAUGAACAAUGUUUCUUCUCAAAUGGCCCGUUUGGUGCAUUUACUUCAUUCUGUGCUCUUCAUCCUCUGGCUUGGAGAUCAUAGAACAUCACAGCGAUGCAGUCAUUUGCCAACAGGCAUUCUCUGACUGCACCAUCAAGGAUGGUGUGUAUAAUCCAGGGGACACUGUGGAUAUUCAGUUUGAACCAUCUUUCAAGCUCUGCUGUAAGGCCAGAGGAAAUUGUACGCUUUGUCUUGUCAUAGACACAGAGGUCAGCAUUCCUACGGAGGUGGAAAAUGAAAGCCACUCUGGCGAUGAUGAGGAAGAAUACAGUGAGAACACAAGGAAUGAAAAGUCGUCUGUGACAAUAUGCUACCAGCAAGCAGCCAGCACUGUGCCAAUAUGCAAGAAGGUGGAGUUUACUGUUAAUUACCCAAUUCUUACUCACCAGAACAAGAGCAAGAUUUCAAUGGUGAUCACAGAUGAAUUCCAUUUUAGCAGCAAAUUAUCUGUUUAUCCCAACAAAUUAAAUUCCCCAAAGAAAGAAGUUGUUGCUCCUUCAGAGGAAAAAGUGUGUUCCCAGAAGCUUAGGCAGAAAUAUAUACCUGUGUGUCCAGUUCAGAAAUUCCUCAUCAAUCAUGUUUUAAAGGAAAAUCACAUUGAGCUGCAGAUUGAGGGCAACAACAAGUCCCCUCCCUCUCUGUGUGUCAAAUACGAGGAGAACGGACACUGCCGGAGGCUGACCCAGACCAUCAUUCAUCUGUCCUCCAUUGCCCCGUGCAUGUGCAUACAGGCAUGGGAUGAAGAUGAUCUGGGACCUUGGCGCACUCAAACGUGCCCCUUUAACAAAACAGGAUUGCCAUCUGAAUUAAAACACUUGAUGUGGAAGAAUAUAUCUGUGAAUGUGCGUCUGAGUAAAAUAUUCGACGGGAGCUCAGUACUUUUAUGGAACCUUACUGCCCCCUGCAGGCUGACUGGUGAAGUGUCGCUCUGUUAUAAAGCAAGCAUCUGCAAGGGGGGAAAUAAGGAAAGGCAGGCCAUUAAUGCUGUGAGCAAAUGGAGACAGAACAGCAAGGACGUUUGGGAAACACAAGGUGCAUUUGAAAAUGUUGAUGAAUGGAUAUCUCAGUGUGUGAUGGUGAAAAUAAAAGGAGCACAGCAGGAAUUUGGUCCAUUCUGUGCUUUUGACACUGGUAGAUUCCGCUGGACCCUCCUGGUUGUUGGUGUUAUGCUUCUUGUUUCUCUAACUGGACUAAUGAUUUAUUUUCUUCGUGAUUAUGUAAAAAAAUGGGCAUGGAGCUGGCGACACGGUGGAUUUGUCAAGAUUGGCAAAAAGGGGCAUGUGGUGCUGCUCAGCCCCCCAGACGUGGAUAAAUCAGUUUCAGAAUCAGUUUGUCAGCUGGGUACUCAGCUCUGCAGCCAAGGGUUCAGUGUGUCUGUGGACCAGUGGUGCAGGAGGGAUCAAUGCACAAUGGGACCUUUGCCAUGGCUCUACUCCCAACUGCAGAAGCUGGACACUAUGGGUGGUCGAAUUCUGCUUGUUCUAAACCAGAAAGCCCUUGAAAAAACAGAAGAGUGGACCCUCCUGAACCAAGAGAGAGAAGUAGGGGAUCAACAACAGACAAGGUCGACUUAUUCUGAUCUAUUUACAGCUUCGCUGUUCAUCAUUCAAGCCCACAAGAGGCUGGGCACGGCGGCUGAUCGCUUUGUUCUGGUGAAAGUUGACUCUCCUCAGAGACAGACUCACAGCAGUGACAGGAGGCUUCCAGAGUUGCUUCAAGGUCUCCCUUUAUUUUGGCUCCCGUCUCAGAGCCAAUCACUCGCAGCUGAGCUGACUGUGGUAGAGACAAACAUGGAGGCAAGGUAAAAGACACAGAAAGGUUGGAAGGGGGAGACUUCAAAACGGAUUAAUAUGAAGACCAUAAUGCUAAACAUUUACAAAUAAUGAUUUUAAACAAAUAUUUGAGAGCCUAAAAGAAUGUAAAUAUUGCUACAGAACAGGGUGGGCAUGAAGGAGAUUGUCAUCUGGACUGAAUAUGAGAUAAAAGAAGAAUCUUUAAGUGCUAAUCUUUUCUAAAUUACAUUACAGCUUAGAACUCUAUAUGCAAGGGUCUGAUGACAAAUUUAAAGUAGAUACUUGUAUUGAAAAAGUCUUGUUUUGUUAUAAAUCCAGACUGGUUGAUCAAAGUAAUGGCUAGUCUGACAGAUUCCCAAACCAAUUUAGACUUUGGCUAUCUUAAAUUAAUUACAAUUUUUAAACUCCAAAUCAGUUUAAGCAAUUGAUAAAUCUUUCAAAUUACUGGCAUUGGCCAGUUAUUUGUAGAAAAGCACAUAUUUUAAUACAAUUGUAAAAGUUGAGAAGUGCGC